GCUCUACAAUCAUGAAGCUUCCGUUAGCGUUCUUCGCUUUUGCACUAUUAACCGUGUAUUGUGCCGAGUCUCUUCCAGCAAACACAGAACAGGUCAACGCGCAAGAGGAGCGACAAUUUGACCCAUGGCAAAUCACAGCGGUUUUUCGACACGUUUGGGCUAUCCAAUGUAGAUCUAUAGUAUACAUUGGAAUUGAUGAAGAAUUCUUGUUUACAAGCGCCGCAACAUUCAAAGUUUAUCUCGAAACUGACGGACAUCCAGUUCAGGAACUGAAAGGGGUGUUCUACCCUCCGAACUAUUUCUACAUUGUAUUGGGACCAUUUACUCCUUGCCAGACUAUCAAAGCUGCAGUGGACAUUUUCGAAGGUGAUGAGACAAAAUGGAUGAACUCUACUGUGACAACAGCUUGUCCUUGUGAGACAGCGUCUGAGACAGGUGAUCCACAUUAUUUCACAUUUGAUAAAAAAAAUUUUACUUACCAGGGCCCAUGUGGGUAUGUUGUGUCAAAGGACGCGUGUAACGGCGGCAAGCCUACAUUCGAAAUAUGCGCCAUAAACAGUGGGCCAGAAGAAGACGUGAAAGGUCCUCGGUUCGUGAUCGGUGUACGUGUGAAAACGGAUAAUGACGAAUUACUGUUGUCGCCAGACACAGUCCUGUGGAAUGGCGAGGUUGUGGAUAAGAGCACCCCACACGUGUCAAAGGAUUACAAGUUAAUGACAUACACCAUAGGCAACACAUUCAUAUUGUACCACACCGAAUAUCGUUGGUGGAUAGAAGUUUUACGUCACGCAGUCCACGCCUACUUGUACCAGGAUUCACCACUUCACGGUAACAUAUGUGGAAUGUUUGGCAAUGCAGAUGGAUCUCCGUCCACCGAUAUGGUUCUUCCUGACGGCACAAUCACUACAGAUGACAAAGAGUUUGGAAACGCAUGGAGAUGUGAAAACAGCUGUGACUAUAAAGAACAGCUGGAUGCCUUGGAGAAAUCAUAA